AUGCGGGCGGACCUUGCUCGCGGAUCGCCCGUUGGCCCGUUGAUUACUCCCGAACUCAGUUGUGUCAAUAUAUAUUAUGUAACUAGAGAUAAGCGCACGUCUCAAGCAGUAGCGAGUAGUCGACGGCCAGUAAAAGACUUUUCCGGCCGUUGCGAGGAGCCACGUCAACAGUGCCAAAGCCACGUAAUGAGCACCAAGCGAGUCUCACGCGCGAGUCGACAACAGCCUCCUGACGGUGACAUCCCUAUCGCCGGUCCCGCACCCGGCGAGUCAUCGUCAGCCAACAUGGGCAACGGCGUCUCAAACAACCCUGUGACGCCUACACACCAGCUGACCGAGACCGGCAAGCGAUCUUCUUCAUCUCCGACUGGUUCAGCCUCAGGCCGCAAGCGUACCGCAUCGCCAAAGGAUGAAAAAGCACGUGCAGCCGCUGCGCGCAAGACGGCCAGGAUGGAGCGCAACAGAAUUGCCGCUCAAGAUUCGCGAAAUCGAAAGAAAGACUAUACGCGAGAUCUUGAGAAGCGCGUCAAGCUGCUCGAGGGCAUCUUGUCCAACUUGGGCCAGCUUCCGGCGGAUUACGAGCCGCUCGAGGUCGAAGGCGAAAAGCCGGACGACAGGGCCGGCUCAUCCUCACGGUCGACCAAUGUUCAGAUUGAGCCGCCGCGCAAACGCCGCCGCGCCGGGCAGGACGAGCAGUACUACUCGAGCGGCAAUGUACCUAUUUCGCGAUCGCCAGAAACGCCUCUGCGUCAUGACGAGGGCUCCGCCCUAGAGACGCCGGACUACCACGACCUACUCAAUCCUGCCAAGCGUCAGAUUGACAUCGAUCCACAGUUCCAGUCGAACGGAGCAGACCCUGAGCGCAUCGCCAGGCUAGACGCAGACAACAGUGCGGCCUUGCGCAACACGCUAGCACAAGAUUCGAGAGCAGGCAUCGAAGCCAUCGCUGCAGCCACUAGCUUGCAGCAAUUCCCGACGGCUUCUCUCCGUUCGCCGGUCUUACCUGCCCCUCGAGAAGGCGGUAGCAACGGCGCAGGCGUAUCGGGAGUAGGAAUGGCCUUCCAUGCUGCGGAACCUCUACCGUUAUCUGAUGACAUACCUACUUUCUCUGUGCCGCCAGCAGUAACGCCGUCCGAUCUGAGCAUUGCAGCCAUCGAAGAGGCAGCGCUCUCGCCCGUUCUCUUCGUCUCUGCCUCUACGACGUCAUCGAGCGACGACGAAGAAGCUCAGUCUGAAUAUGCCGGUUUACUUGUCUCGCCUCUCGCAAUGUCUACAAGAAUCGAGUCGGAAGUCGUCUCGGAACUAUCUUUCUCAGAUGUUUCCGAUAUGUCUGAGGGCGACAACGAUAGCUUUGACGUCCUCUUUGACUUUGAGGACUACAACGCAUCUACGCCCGGCUCCGAGCAGGAUCUGACAGAUGUAACCACGCCUCGAUCUGAUCUGAUCGACUCGCCCAGCUGCUAUCCCACCGUCCCCGUCGUCGAGCGGGACACUUCGCUUGACAGCGACGUUCUGUCCUUGCUUGUCAAGACCGACGCCGAUUUGUCACGUCUUCAGAUUUUCCACUCUGAUGCUUCUUGUGGUGAUUUGCUCGCUCCGCCGCUGUAUGCCAAGAUCUCUCUUGCUUGCUCGCUCGAGCAGAGUUAUCUGAGCAACAGCGUCGUUGAUGCACAUGCGAUCCUGCUUGAUCAUUCCUUCUCACGCCAGCGUCUGUCAGUGUCUGCUCGCAUCGACAGUCUCAAAUCAGGCUCCGAUUCUGACUCUGAAGCCUGA